AUGGAGAACGCAAAGACAUAUAUUCGUGGUCUUCAGAAUUUCACCGAGGCGGUCCACCGUAGUGUGACUAUUGAGAAAGAGCGUGAGGUAGUCAACUGCGAGUUAGCAAAGAUACGAAAAGAGUUCAAGGAAGGGAAGAUGAAUGCGUACGACCGUCGGAAAAGUGUAUUAAAAAUGGCGUAUAUAGAAGUGUUAGGAUAUGAGGUCGACACUGGUUUUGUGGAGGUCAUUCAACUCAUCGGAAGUCCAAAGUUUUUCGACAAACACAUUGGAUAUAUGGCAUUCACUUUACUGUUCUCGAACGUCCCCGAGUCGACCCGAAUGAUUAUUAACACGUUACAACAAGACUUAGAGAACAACUUAGAGUCGUAUGUCAAUGAUGCUCUUUCAGUAAUUGCGCAAUUGGCGAAUGUUGAAAUGGCAGAUACUCUCGGGCCUUCUGUGGUUAAAAUCUGUACUGGAUUUUGUGAGACUUCUGUGAAGAAACGCGCUUUAAUUGCAAUGAGACAAUUAUACAAACAACAACCGCAGAUAUUGUCCAUCAACCCCGACUUCAUGAAAGUCAUGGAGAAACUCUUCUCUGGAGAAAUGGACAACUCAAUCAUCAAUUCACUCGUUCUCUUCUUGGAAGCUAUUGUCGAAAAGGAACCGGAAUUACUCAAACCAUUCAUUCCCGAGUUAAUCAGUUCAUUACAGAGAUUGGUCAACCACGAAGCUAUUGCAGAUUUGGAUUACCACGGAACGUUGUCGCCUUGGCUUCAAAUCAAGUUGUUCAGACUUCUUGCUGGCGUUCAACUUGAUGAACAACAAAAGAAAAUGUUUUGGGAAUGUGCGUCGGUCGUUUUGCAACAAACGGAUACUGUAAAGUAUGACAAGCCAUGUUCGGAAAAGACGAUUCAAAUGGCUGUUGUGUUUGAGGUAAUGGGGAUAAUGAUUGUCCACGAAAAGGAAGAGUAUUUCAAGACACUUUUACCCCUUCUUGGAAGUUUGGUGGAGGACAAAGAAGUCAACGUGAGGUAUUUAGCACUUGACACGUUCGUGUUACUUGGUCAAGCCAACUACAAGAAGGUCUGCCAAAACUACUUGGUACACAUUUUGAAUAGUUUGGAAGAGACGGAUGUGACCAUUAGAAGACGUGCUAUUGAGGUGUUAUACUCAUUGUGUACUCCAGAGUCAGUUCGUAAAGUUGUCAACCAGUUACUUCACGUGUUAGAAAACGAUGAAGGUGAAUUGAAAGAAGAAUUGGUUGUCAAGAUCUCGAUUUUGUCUGAGAUGGAUGUUGACAAAGAUCAGUGGUACGUUGACACCAUGUUGUUAGCAACGUGUCUUGGUGGGGAGUUUGUUCGCCCCGAGUUAUGGGAUAGAGUGUUAAACUCUAUAGGACAUGCAGCACAAUAUGCUGUUCAAAAGAUAGUACAGGUAUUGGCUGGUGGAUGUUGGCAUGAAGAAUUCUUAAAAAUGUCAUGCGUUAUCAUCGGGGAGUAUGCACAGUGCUUAGGCAACCUUGCACAACACACUGCAACAUACAUCGCAAAGCAGUUACCUUACGUCCACUCGGCUACAAAAAGACUCAUAUUGACUUGCUUAAUUAAAAUGGCAAAGGAACUUCCAGACAUCAGACCAACUGUUUCUAAGGCACUUAAGAUCUGCGAGAAUGCCGUGGACGCCGAGGUCCAACAACGUGCAUCCGAGUUUAAGUACAUAAUGGACAAAAAUUAUUACGAAAUCGCAAUUGCGCCAUUACCGGAGAGGGUGAUCAACGAACAAAACGAAGGCAAAGCGAAUGAACGCGAGAAGAAAGACGACGAAAAGUUCAUGAGUCAAGAGAAACUUGUUUCUCCAACACCGCAAGAGCCACAAAAAACCUCUGGCGAUAUCCUAAAUUCAGUGAUCAAUUCAACGCCUUCAACAACACAGAAAGCACCCGAAAAUGCAAAUGCCAUGUUGGUCGAUAUCUUGGGAGGGAUACCUCAAAGUACUAUUACCCAGCAAAUUCCAACGAAGGCUGCAUUACAAUUGGACAAAACUGAGUGGACUGAAAGAGGGUAUAAAGGCAGUGCAUUCAGUCAUUCUGCUGCAGAUGCUGAAUUGGGUAAAAAGGUCCGAUUCAUACACAAAAAGCUGUUAACACAGAAGGAAGGAGUUAUCUUCCAAGACGCUAAUAUUCAAAUUGGGAUGCGGUUGAAAACGGGGAAUGUUGUUGAUGUUGCGCUGUAUAUCGGGAACACCAAGGAUGAGACUAUUACUGGGCAAAUCGCCUUAAAAGGUGAAGACGGUAUCAAUUGUAUGAUUCAAAACAACCAAUUGAAUAUCGAAGGGAAAAAGCAACAACAAGUUCUUUGCAGAUUUGAAGCGAAAGACGUUUUCUUACAAGCUCCAAUGGUUGGGAUGAAUUACACAAUUGGUGGCAAUAACAUCCAAUUGGCAUUCAGUUUACCAAUCACAUUAAUCCGUUACGUCCAACCAAAUCCGAACGUCGCGUUCUUGAAUGAAAGUGGGAAGACUGAAUUGGCCGAAUGCUUUGUCCAAACACAAAUGCAAACCUCGUUGAGUACAAACGAUAUCGGACAAUUGCUGACCGGCUAUGGUUUCGCGGUGAAGCCUGCUCAAAAUCAGAUUUUGGCUGGUGGCAAUGUGCUUGGUAAAGACGUUGGUAUCUUUAUUGAUAUCAUCGGCGGAAGUUAUAAAGUCGGUGUAGGCUCGACAAGCCUUCAAAUAGCGGAGGUCAUUCAUGAUGUGAUGAGUUAUUUGCUCUCUGCUAACUUCUAA